AUGGCGAAAAUGAGCGUAGGCAGAUAUAUUGCGACUAGAGUCACGACUCUCAAGCCGCCAGGCCAUGUUCCUCCAAAUCCGUUCACCACUCUAAGGUCGUUGAAUUGGAGACAAUGGCAAUUCUUCCUUAUUGCAUUUGCUGGUUGGACUUGGGAUGCGUUUGAUUUCUUCACCGUCUCUUUAACUGUUACAGCGCUGGCAAAGGACUUUGGAAAAACCAAGGCCGAUAUUACCUGGGGUAUCACCUUGGUUCUGAUGUUGCGUUCGAUUGGUGCCAUCACUUUCGGUUUGGCUGCCGAUAAAUGGGGUCGCAAGUGGCCAUUCAUUAUCAAUAACGUUCUCUUUAUUGUUCUGGAGUUGGGAACUGGCUUCUGUCAAACUUAUGAGCAAUUCCUCGGUGUGCGUGCACUCUUCGGAAUCGCCAUGGGUGGAAUAUACGGAAACUGCGCUGCAACAGCUCUUGAAGAUGCUCCUAUCGAAGCCCGUGGUAUUCUCUCUGGAAUGCUCCAACAGGGCUAUGCAUUCGGCUACCUUCUCGCCACAGUCUUCGCCCGCGGACUUGUCGACACUACACCUCAUGGAUGGCGCCCACUUUUCUGGUUUGGCGCUUGCCCGCCGGUGUUGAUAAUUGUGUUCAGAAUGUAUCUGCCAGAAACCGACUCGUACCUAGAGCGCCAGGCGCUAAAGGCAGAGAGAGCUGAGGGUGUAGAGGGAAUCGAGAGGGUUAUGUGGAAAGAGGCUAAGAUUGGCUUGAAGAAGCAUUGGUUACUGCUGAUCUAUAUGGUAUUGUUGAUGGCUGGUUUUAACUUCAUGUCCCACGGAUCCCAAGAUCUCUACCCUACCAUGUUGGAGAACCAGCUCGAAUUCAACAACAACAAAGUCACCGUAACCCAGGUCAUCGCUAACCUCGGCGCUAUGCUUGGUGGUACCCUCAUUGGCUAUUUCUCCCAGAUGUUCGGCCGUCGCCUUUCCAUCAUUGUCGCCUGCAUCGGCGGAGGUGCCCUCCUUUAUCCUUACUGCUUCAUCAGAAAUAACGGUGUUAUUGGCGCCGCCUUCGCAGAACAGUUUUUUGUUCAGGGUGCCUGGGGUGUCAUCCCCAUCCAUCUCGUCGAGCUCUCUCCCGCAGCAGCCAGGACUACCAUUGUCGGUUCAGCAUACCAGCUUGGUAACCUUGUCUCCUCGGCGUCCUCGACCAUCGAGGCGACCAUGGGUGAGAGGUUUAGACUUUCUGGUGAAGGUACCACUGCUAGAUAUAACUACGGAUUAGUCAUGGCAAUCUUUAUGGGCUGUGUCUUUGCCUAUGUGAUUGUAUUGACAUUCAUCGGUCCCGAGGCUUUGGGCAGAGAUAUGGCAGAGAGCACAGUUGUGGAGGAUGUUACUGAUAGGAAGGGAGAAUGGGAGGAUGGCGAGAAGGCUGGAGUGGUCGAGGAUGAGGGCAGAAGAGUUCCCGUUUAA